UAGGCAGCGAUAACGGCGCUCGUUUGCUAAGUAUUGAGAAAAAAAUAUCUACCGUUAGCUCGGAAAAAACACCAUUUUGGGCACAAUCGAUACGAGCACAGGGAUGCAUACAUUAUAAUUUAAUACCGACUAGCUUAAACCACAACAACAGUGACCAGACUCCUCACCAGACUUUAGGCACUUUCUUGAUUGUAAAGAAAACUAUCCUCAUCACGCUGGCCUCCACAAGUGACAUUCGAGAAAAACUGCGGAAGAAACGACGUGCUUUGAAAGAAACGUUGGUGAAAAACAAAAAUGAGGACGAUAUUCAGGCUCUGGUUCCGUCUACCAAAUUGAGUGAGGAGAGGCUGCGAGCUACAAUGAAGGAACCUCAAAGCAGCGAGGAAGACCCAGGAGAGACACUGAAACACACAAUAAGGGCUCAGAGACAAAGGCGGAAGAAAAAGCUGCUUGACCAGUCUUCAGCUCAUGAGUCGCAUGAUGAUGAUGUGGAGGAGAUCAGCACCAUUCAGCACCGAAGUGAAGAUGAGGGGUCAGCUGAACAGGCAGCAGACCCUGUGGUUCUGUCAAGACCUCCGACUGGUUCUCAGAAAGGUCUCUCCUCAAGAAUCCAACAUACUCAGGGCUCUCAGCAUUUAGACACUGUCGUGACACGCCGCUUGGAAGAGAAGCUGAGAGCAGCCAGAUCUAGAGGUGAGACCCUUCAGCAGCAGGAGGCCUCUCUGGAGCCAGCCAGUCGCCUACAGAGCCUCAGAGACAGAGAGACUGUAACAAGGUUUGACAGAGAGGCUGAUCCAGAAAGAGCUGGAAGACACGAUGACCCUGGGGUUCUCAACACCAGGGUCAAGUUCCGAGAAGCAGCAAGACGAGUAGGAAAAGGCCUACCCACUGUUGAGGAAGCGUACAAUUUCUUUACGCUCAACUUUGAACCAGAUCCACAAGAUGGGGCUGAGAAGAAGAACAAGAAAAAAGACAAACAGAAAAAAUCCUCUGAGGAGGACAGAGAUGACGAAGCAGAAGAGGCUGAAGAGCAGGAAGAUGCCGAAGUCGAUAAUCAAGAGGACAAUGAAGACCAGAAUGAAGAAGCUCCUCUUGUGCGAGAUGAAGAGGAAAAUGUAUUUGUUAUAGAACAAUCGUCACAGGACUUCCUGGAAGUUAAGAAAGCAGAGUAUGUUGGGUACCAACGACUUCUUCAGCGACAGAGUGAGCACCUCUUCACCCCGAGUUUUCGAACAGUCCCAACCUCCAUUAAACUGGCUGAAAACAUGAAGCCUCGUUAUGUGGAGGACGAGGGUCUGUAUGUAGGCGAGAGACCUCCUGUAUCCCUGACCAAUGAGAACAUUCUGGAGAACCGCAUUUUAAAAAUGGAGGAGGGUAAGAAGUGGUUUGGAGAUGACGGCAGGAUCAUGGCUCUGCCUGACCCCAUAAAGGAAUCAUCCACUAGACCCCCUCUCUUCCACAUGGAGGAGGACCUGGACCCCGCACUGCACACUGUGUACAGGAAGGCGCUCAAGUCCAAGUAUGCUAAUCUUUAUCUCGCUGGUGCGGCGGACCCCGAGGGAGACUACCAACUUGAUGUUGAUGUCUCUGGGCUGAUCUUCUCCCAUCACCCACUCUUCAGUCGGGAACAUGUCCUGGGGGCCCGUCUGGCUCAGCUGUAUGAUCAGUACCUAACCAGGCAGCGCAACAAUCUCACAGGACACCUUACUGACAAGUUGAAUGGAUUGAGGAGUGCAUUGCGGAAUAUACUUGAGAUCCAUGGUGGGAACAGCCUGACUCAAGCCAUGCAUCAGAGGAUAUCUGAGUACAGUCUGGAGAUUAGAAACACUCGGCAGCUGCGAGACAAUGAGCAGGAGAAAGACAGGACUCUGCUGAAGAACAUAGUGAAACUGUGGAAGGAGAUCAAGGCCAUGAGAGACUUUCAGACUUUCACCAACACUCCGUUUAAGCUCUACCUCAGAAAAGAGAAUGUGGACCGUGCCUCAGAUGAGCUAGAGUAUGAGAAUGAAAUCUUGGCAGAGGUUGUGGAAUUGGAGGCAGAGGUUGAGGAGGAUUACCAGAGAAAGCUUGCUGAGUACAAGAAACAGCUGGAGGAGUGGAAGCUCUGGAGAAGGAAGCAGAAAUCCAAAAAGAAGAAGAGAAAAAAGAAGAAGAAAGGCCAGUCACAGGAUGACACAGAAGAAGAAGAUGAAGACCAGGAGGCGAGUGAAUCAGAAGGAACCAUUGAAGAAGGUCCCCCAAAGCCAGAGCCUCCAGAGAAGUCUGAUUUUGAGUCUAUAGAGCAGCGGGUCAGAGAGAAAGCCUCCAGGAUACGCAGGAAACCGGGAGAGCCCAUCCUGAUCCCUGAGCUGUCUGCAUCGGGAAACAUCACUGCCAAUGAGCACUGCCCUAGGCCUGAAGCAGCUCGAAGAGACGAUGUUGGGAAGCGCAAUCUUUUCAUCAAGAUCCUAUACAAUGACAAAGAAGUCUCCCGAACAGACAGCUGCAGCCUGAACACUGAUUUCAGAGUGCACUUUGGCCAGAUUUUCAAUCUCAAGAUAGUUAACUGUCCCAAAAGCAUCAAUUUGCAGGUGUUUGAGGAGAUUGGAACAUCACACUCCCUCCUGGCUCAAGUGUUUGUUCCAGUGCCAGAACCCUCAUUUUUUACAGAGGGUGUCCCACAUGAGGAAUUUGAGUUUAGCAGUCAACAGCGUGUGGACAUCGACCAUGAGGGUGUAGGAAGUGGUACGCCCCUCUCCUUUGAGGCUGAUGGCAGUAACAAAGUAUUCCUGCUGACCUCUGGGAAGCUGUCGUGCUGUGUUUCUUGGGGGAAAGGGGAGGACGGUGUACUGCUCGCUCCUCCUGUGUCUCAACAACCUGGCGGUGGAAUGGGUCGUCUUGAUGCUGUCUCAUAUAUUGGUGCAUCAGGACUAUAUGACAUGAAAAAAAUCGGAGAGUGGGCCACGCAGUCACGACUGGACCCCAACGAUCCAAAAAAUGCCUCCAUCAUGCAGCUGCUUAAAGUGGCCAGUAGUGGCGAGGUAACAGCUCCAGAGUACUUCCGUCUAGAACAGCUCCAGGAAGAGUUUAACUUUGUGACCGAUGAAGAGUUGGAGAGGUCCAAAAGAUUUCGCCUGCUCACGCUCAGGAACCAGGAAGUUGCAGAGUUUCGAAAUUACAAGUGUGUUCCUGCUCUGGAGAGGGAGGUCACGGAUAAGGUGUUCCAGGAAUAUGAGAAGAGACUGAAGGAAGGAGAGAUAGUUGACACUAAAGACCAUCUGGAUUCACACCGAGCCCUAGUGGCCAAAUACCUUCAGAAGAUCCGAGAAUCGGUCAUCAACAGAUUUCUUCUUGCCAAACACCACUACCUGCUGUCUGAUUUGGUGAUUGAGGAGGAGAUACCAAGCAUUGGGAUUCUGGGAAUGAACCUUUUCAAGCUGGCUGAACCUAAGCGGCCGCUGAAACCUCAGAGGAAAGAGAGAAAGAAGGUGACUGCUCAGAAUCUGUCCGAUGGAGACAUCAAACUGCUGAUCAACAUCAUCCGGGCCUACGAUGUCCCCAUCCGAAGGCCCCAGAGCAUUAAACCAGGACAGUCGUCUCAGACAGCCAUCCAGGGCAGUGAUUGGCUCCUCAGCCAGGUACAAGUGAGGCCCUUUGUGGAGGUUUCCUUCCAGCGUACAGUUCUUCAAACCACACCGGCUGAUGGACCAAACCCCUGCUGGAACGAGGAGCUGCAGCUUCCGUUUAGUGCACCGAAUGGCGACUACAGCGCUGCUGUAUUGCAAUCAAUCAAAGAUGAAGUGUUCAUCAACAUAUUUGAUGAGGUGGUUUAUGAAACUGGAGUGAAUGACAAACACAGAGGGAAGUCAAUACACACCCGGGUAGAGAAGCACUGGCUGGGCUCCGUCAAGAUCCCAUUUAGCACCAUUUAUGCUCAGUCCAGGAUUGAUGGAACAUUCAAGGUGAAUACACCAGCAGUGUUGCUGGGCUACAGUAAGGAGCGGAGCCAUGGCACUAGUGGUUAUUUAGAUGCGUCACGGAGUCAGAGUGAGGGAGCUUUCAUCACAAUCUUCAUCACCAUUGAGCCUCAGCUGGUGCCAGGAGAGUCUGUUAGGGAAAAGAUUAAGGAAGUGAAGUUUGACAGCCAGGAGGCUGAGCAUUUACUGCAGUCUUCAGAGAAGUUUGAGAGGGAGGCAGCACAGAGCUACCCAGACAGACCCUGCCUCACCACCGUCAUAGACCUCAAUGGGAAGACCGUCUUCAUCACACGUUACAUUCGAUCACUCAACCCCCCACAGGAGUUACUGGAUACAUUCCCAAAUAACCCCAAGGAGACCACGGCCCUGGUUGCCAGAUUUGUCUCGCUCAUCCCCUCUCUGCCAGACAGAGUUUCGUUCUCUGGUGUCUGUGACCUGUGGAGCACCUGUGAUCAAUUUCUCACCCUCCUGGCAGGAGAUGAAGAAGAACAUGCAGUACUGUUGUGCAACUACUUCUUGUUUAUGGGCAAGGAAGCUUGGCUAAUAAUUGGAACUGCUAUACCAGAGGGACCCACAGCCUAUGUCUUGACCAAUGAGCAGGACCGUUUCCUGAUCUGGAAUCCCUGCAGCGGUCAGUGCUAUGGACAGUAUGACACCUUCUGCCCGCUGCAGACAGUGGGAUGCUUGGUCGAUGCAAAUAAUGUGUGGUUCAACAUUCAAGAAUAUUCUUCCCCCAUGACGAUGAAUUUUGACAUCUCCAAAACCAAUCUUUGGAAGUCGUUUUUCACCCGAUCCUCCAGUAUCCCUGGGUUGUCAAGUGUACAGCCAGAGGAGCUGGUAUAUCGGCACACAGACAAAGCAGCAGCAGCAGAGCUUCAGGACAGAAUUGAGAAGAUCCUGAAGGAGAAGAUCAUGGAGUGGCGCCCUCGCCACCCAACCCGCUGGAACCGCUUCUGCACCACCACCCUGAAACAGUUCCUGCCCAAACUGGAGCUGGAUGGGGGGCGGGACAUGGCUGAGGGGCACCGCCACGAGCUGCAGAGCCUGCUGGGAGACAACAGGAUUUCGGGAUUUCCCCUGAAUCUGCCAUUCUCUGAGAUCCGGCCCAUCAUAGAGGCAGUGUACAGCACUGGAGUUCAUAAUGUUCAGGCAUCGAAUGUGGAGUUUGCCCUGGCUGUGUAUGUGCACCCCUACCCUAAUAAUGUCCUGUCUGUGUGGGUGUACCUGGCCUCACUGAUCCGUACAUGAUACAAGAGACACUCAUUGCGGAUCCCUGUGAUUCACUCAAAUACAUUUUUGCUUUAUUCAAGCUGAUUUCUUUUAUGUAAUUACAUUACUCACACAGUUUUUGUACAUUCAUUGUUGUAUAUCUAAUGUAUAUAAUAAAUAUCGGGUAAAGGAGUUACCAGUUUUAUAUCUGUACAUUAAAUCCAAUAACUUUGCAUUAAAUCCAAACUUUUAAAAUG